AUGUCAACGAGAGAAGCAACAAAAAAAUAUUUUUUGCAAGCACAUCAGACACACAUAUGUAGGAAGGCUCUAGUCAGCCCAAAAGAACGUCAAUUUUGUACAGCAAUAAAAAUAAAAAUACAUCACGCAGCUCUUCAAAACAAACAAAAGGAAACUUUCAGUCAACAAGACAAGCAUAGGCAAAUUUAA